AUGAAUUCGAAAACAAAUAUUGGAGUUAUUGAGGGCAUUGGAUUAAAUACUUCAAAUUUAUUGGCUAUGCCAUCUAAAAGUCAAAACCACUCUCUAGUAAAGGAAGUCAAGGCUAUGAAAUCUUCCAAAGAAAAAUUCGUCAAAAAGCGCUAUAUUAAUAUAAUUACUUUUGAAAAGAAAUAUAAACUUCUAGAUGUCCCAAAGGGCGUUGAUAGAAGUUUUAGCAGUAAAAAAUCUUUAACUCCUUCAAGAACACCUUCAAGUUCAAGCCGUGGGAAUUUGAUGCAUGGUUAUAUCAAUAAAUCCUUCAGUUUGGCCUCAUCAAAGCAAUCAUCAAGAAGCAACUUAAAAGAAUCCAAUACCAGCUAUACUAAUUUUUCUCUGCCAAAAUCUUUACAAAAAAUAAAUAGCUCGAAUUUGAUUUAUUCCAAAAAUUCCAGCGAAAAGCAAUUAGUUAAGCCAGUGCUAGAUGAACUUACUAAAAGAGAAAAUAUUUCACGCUCUGCUAAUAUUUCUCCUAAUGCUUUAAGAGUAUCUCAAAAAUCUGACAUCGAAAAAAUCCUUGAAAGCCAGCAAUCUUCUAAACGACAUACACCUGUAAAGCAGCACAUCAUAAACGAAAUUCCAUCUUUAAAUUUAAGUAAAAUAUCUGCUGUAAAUCCAAUUGUGGAAAGAUCUCUAAAAUCUGAAGAUAGUCCUGCAAAGAAAAACGAAAACGAGAAACCAAAAAGAAUUUUAAGCUCAUCUACUUCUAGGUAUAAAUUGAAAUUAAGAGAAAUGCCAUUCUGGAAAUUACAAAAAAUUUUUAGGAACUCAGUUAAAGGUGAACAAGUGCUUGAGAAUAUUAUUAACUAUGAGCAGAUGUUUUCAUCUAAUCGAAACAGUGAAAAAAGAAAAAUUAAAACUCCUGAAAAUUUGGAAAAUUUAAAGAUUUCCAAUGAGAAUUAUCAAGAAGUCUCUUUAAGGGCACUUAAAAAUACUUCCUCUUUUGCUGAAAAAAUUAUGAAGCAAAUAAGAUGUCCAAGUAGAUGUAAAAUCCAUAUUGAGUAA